GAAAAAAAGUGUGGCGUCGUCUGAGCGGAUGUUGUUUAUGAUCGACAUUUUCCUGUGAAAAUAGUACUUUUGUUGGACUUGAAUUGUAUGUAAUUUAGGGUAUUUUACCAAUUACCUUACAAUAUUUUGCGUUAUUCAGGAUAAAGACAUGCUCUCACGAAAAGGGAAUCCAAAAUUAUUCUUUUGGAAAUAAUCUGAGGACAUUUUUAGACUAAGUUUUUUUUCGUUGCCAAUAUAGCGGGAAAUCUACGUUGUGACGCGCACAAACUCUGUUAAUUUGUAGCGAAGGCUGGUGAAGUGUCGUAACAUAUUGUUAUGUGGUUAUUUACGCUCUGACAGUGGAUCUUGGUGGUAUAUUUAGAUUUGACAAUGUCAGACGAAAUGGCGGUUGGUGAUAAGGGACCAAGUGAAGAAAAUAAAGUUGGUGGUGAAGAUGCGGAGAUGGAGACGACGGACUCCGUGGCGUCCUCGGAGCCCCCCAUAGAAACUACAGGGGCCGAGCCUCAGCAAUCUGCACCUGUGGAAGUACCACUGCCACCCGAUGCAGAGGACGAUCCUCCAGAAACCAUUGCGGCUAUCAGAGAAGAACUAGGUAUCAAAGAUGACAAUUUACCCAAAAGUGACAAUGUAGUAAAAACUGACACUGACACAAAACAUAAAAUUGAAAUGGUACAUGAAAUUACAGUGGAACACAAAAGUGACGAGGAAGUACAAGAUAAUGACAUAUACACAGAUGAUGUGUUUAAACAAGACAAUGACGUCAAAGCUAUACUUGAGGAUGAAGGGCAGAGUAUAGUCCGUGUGGAAAACACUAAAAUUGAUGAGGACAAGAUUUUGGCUAGUGAGGGAAAAGUUACAAAAGAGGUAGAUGUUCAGCUAGAAAAAGAUGACCAAGAUGACAUUACCCCUACUAUAGAAGCUUCUAGAGGCAUGAAGCGUAGAGCAUCUGCUGCAUUCAGUGACGAUGGCAUGGAAGAGUUUAAGGGCUUUGAUAAUUGCGAGCCAAGCAGCCUGGCCGACUAUAGUCGCAUUGUUGAACGUCUAGAAGCAGAGGUGUCGGCAGCUGUGAAGACCUACAAACCGUUGAAGACGGUAAUGGCCGCGCCUACGCCUCGGGCCAGCAAACGCGCGCGCCAGGACAUGGGGCGGGCCAAGUGGUCGGGUCCUCUCGAGGAGGAGGUCUCAGCCUUUGUGAAGAGCUUCCUCGACGACGGCGUCAAAGCGGGCAAGAGACAGCGCCAAGGCACUGAUAGUUCGAGACCAUCAUCAGCUCUAUCGUCGAGAUCGGACGACGCGGCGAUGAACCCUGAUGGGUCGUCGGCGGGGCGCACGGCGCGGCGCGCGACGGCGGCGCCGGAGAUGUCGUCGCCGCUGCUGCGCGUGCCGCUGGAGCGCGGCUGGAAGCGCGAGCUGGUGUACCGCGCCGCGCAGGCCUCGACCGACCCGCCGCGCCGCAACGCCGACAUCUACUACUACACGCCGCAGGGGAAGAAGCUGCGCUCCACCAGGGAAGUCUCGGAACACUUGUCGGGCACUGGCUUAACAAUAGAGAACUUCUCAUUCUUCAAAGAACCACUAGGACUUGAUGAUCCCGACAAGGAAAUUAUACGGGACGCGAAAAUUAAUCGCCGUGUGGAGUCGCCGGUGCCGGCCGCGACGCCGCCCGCAGUGGAAGGCAAGAGGACACCGAAGCCCAAACCGCCCAAGGGAGCCAGCCCUGAACCCACCACUCCCAAGUCUCCGCCUGCUAAGAUUAAAGUAAAAUCUAUGGGUUCCCGGCUAAGCUCCAACGGAACAACGCCAAAGACUACGAAAAAGCCGCAGCCGCAAACGCAGCAAGCGCAGCCGCAACCCGCGACGACGCCUGCGGAUAACAAUAACACAGCCGCGUGGAAGAAACCCAGCCCUCCGGUGCGGGUACUGAGCGCCGCGGCGCAGGUAACACUGUGGUCCGGCAGGGGCCCGCCGCCGUUGCAGCCGCGCCCCGCGCCGCCGCCCGCGCCGCAACCCGCAACCACCCGGGACCACCACCAGGUGACUAACACUACUAUACUGCUAAAUCGUCAGGUGCAGCAGCCGUGCUCGCUGACGUGCGGGCGCGGCGUGCCCACGCUGGCGUGCGCCGCGUGCCUGUGCCUCUACCACCCGCCGUGCGUCGGCUUCGUGUGCAUCCCGCCACCGGAUAGAUUCAUGUGCAAGAAUUGUCGUAAAUCAUCAUCUCCGCCGCUCGAGCCGCCUCCUCUCAUCCACAAGUCCGGAGUAGCCACGAACGUACACCAUCCACAAGUGCCAAGCAUACCCGCCAACAUAUCGCCUAACAUACCCGCCAACAUAUCGCCUAACAUACCCGCCAACAUGUCGGCCAACAUAUCCGCGAGCACAUCGACUCCGCGGCGACUGCCCGUUCCCGUGCCCGUACCUGUGCCCGCUAAAGUACCCAAAAGUGACAAGCGCGUGCUUUUGAGAAUGAAGGUGGCAGGUGGUGGACCAGACGGCGAAAGAGUAUGGGCAGUUGCCAAACCAUCUACGCCCAUCACACCUACCCCUAACACCCCUGCACCUGCCCCGGCACCGUCGCUACCGCAGUCUCUGGCCAUACUGAAUGGAAGGCGUGAAGGAGUGAAAACCCUGCGCAGUCGUAUCGCCAACGGCGCGGCGUCGCCCCCCGCGCCGCUGCAGUCCCCGCGGCGCCGCGGCCGCCCCAAAGUAGAUGACACCGACCACUUCACGGCCUUUCACAGCAAAGCGCAGGAGCACAACUAUAACAUUGCUGUACAGAUCUUCCAGUACCUGGGCAUGCGCGACCUGGCGCGCAGCGCGCGCGUGUGCAAGCUGUGGCAGACGCUCGCCGCCGCGCCCGCGCUCUGGAGACACGUGCGGAUGAAAAACUCGCACGUGAGCGACUGGGCAGGCCUGUGCGCCGCGCUGAAGCGCCACGGCACGCGCUGGCUGGACCUGCGCAAGAUGCUUUUGCCGCCAAACGACGCUCUCUUCUGGGAUCACUUCGCGCAACACAUUGGCGCCGUCGAUACGCUCGAGAGGCUAGAGCUGUGCCGCUGCCCCGCGCGCGCGGUGCAGGCGGCGUGCGAGCGGCUGCCCGGCCUGCGCGCGCUGGCGGCGCCCGCCAUCCGCGACGCGCGCCUCGACCCCUCGCCCCUCGCCCUCCUGCCCAGGCUAGAGCUGCUACGACUCAAGAGUUUGGCGGGCCUCUCCCUCACGCGCGACCUGCGGCCGCUCGCGGCGCUCACUCGCCUGCAGCACCUGUCGCUCACGUCCAUCAAGGAGCUGGGUUGGUGCGCCUGCGAGGUGGUCGGCCAGCUCGAACAGCUGGAGUCCUUGGAGUUAGGCGAAUGUUCCUUCGGCGGAUCCUUCGCCGCGGCGUUGGGCAAGCUGGUGAAGCUGCGGCGGCUGCGGUUGGAGCGCGGCGUGGCGCACUGCGCGGCGCCCGCGCUGCUGCGCGCGCUGUCGGCGCUGCCCAAGCUCACGAGGCUCGAACUGGUCAACUUCGACGUCAAGGUCGGCUUCGACGACGCGCUCGCGGAGUGCAAGAACAUCCAGAGACUGCUCAUCAUCCCCACAUACGUGUCACAAUCUGCUACCACUAACAAACAGGUGCUGAGCGGCGUGCUGCGACUAAAGGAGACGCUAACGCACCUGAUGUGGGGCGUCACCAUCGAGCUGCUGCGCGUCACGGAGCUGUUCAUAGACCAAUGCGAGGCCGGCGAGGGAGAGAGCAAGCGGCGCGACGUGGGCGAGUGCAUCCCCGUGCUGAAGCCCGUGCCCGGCUGCAGGCUGCCCGACGACCACCGCACCGUCGCCGGACCGCCGCAGGUGGAGAUCCUGCCCAUACCGACGCUACAGCGCCUGCUGUCGGCGCAGCUGCCCAACACCAAGCUCAAGCUGCUGCGCAUCCCCUUCCACGCCACCUGGCGCCAGUCGCUCGCGGACUUUCAGUAGCAGGGUGUGCGUCCUUGUACUGCCUCCGCCUGCCGCCUACGCGUUACCAACAACAGCUUGACAGAUGACAAGAUGAUGGGCUUGGAUUUACACCAUUUCGGCCACCAUUAUUUAAUAAAACUGAAAGCUGUUCACGAUUACGCACAGCGAUGCCGUAUCCGCUCAGACUCGGCCAAGUCUCUCAAAAACGUAUCUCGGCCCAUAACCUACCGACGGCGGUGGGUUAUGGGCCCAGAGUUCCAAAUAAGAAGUUUAUUACUGGUACACCAUUUUCGCCGAUUUGUAAGCUACUCAACAUACAAAAAUAAAAUAUACCUCUGCGAACAUCUUGCAAAUACGUCUAUUUUUGCAAUGACGCACCCAGAUGGUUUACUAAUCUUCAUCGCGUAAAGAAGUUGUAUAAAUAAAGUAAAUAAGUGUGAGUUUAAUGAAAUUAUUCUGAACUAGCUGAUGCCCGCGACUUUGUUCGCGUGGAUUUAGGUUUUUGAAAAUCCCGUGGAAACUCCUCGAUU